AUGUCGCUGUGCCAGAACCGCCUCCAAGAGGAGCGAAAGCAGUGGCGCCGUGACCACCCAUUUGGAUUUGUCGCAAAGCCGACACGCACUGCCGCGGGCGGCCUCGACUUGAAGAACUGGGAGUGUGCUGUUCCAGGGAAGACUGGCACUCUUUGGGAAGGUGGUUUAUUCAAAUUGAUGCUCGCGUUCCCCGAUGAAUACCCAACCAAGCCUCCCAAAUGCAAAUUCACCCCGCCGCUUUUCCACCCAAACGUUUAUCCUUCUGGGACGGUGUGCCUGUCAAUUCUGAAUGAGGAGGAGGAUUGGCGACCUGCGAUCACCAUCAAGCAGCUCUUGCUCGGUAUCCAGGAUCUUUUGGACGACCCGAACCCUGAGUCGCCCGCACAGGCUGAUGCCUACAACCUCUUUAAGAAAGACCGUCCCGCCUACGAACGCAGGGUUCGCCUCGUUGUGCGUGAGAACCAGCCGAAUUAG